GUGAAGGAUUUGAAUCUUGAAUUUACUUCAUUUUAAUAUCUAUUUUAUUUAUUCUUGAUUGACAGGCAACUAUGGAAGUAGUUUGAUGGAGGUUUUUAAAAAUUUAGCUCAAGACGUUGGCAUUUGCCUGGCAAAUACUGAAGUUGUCACCAAUAAUGCUGAGGAUUGGAAGUUUGAUGAAAUUGUGAUAUCCAUUCUGCAAACAAAGUCUGUCAAAGUUGUCGCCUGUUUUUGUGAAGGAAUGACAGUUCGAGGUAUACUUAAAGCAAUACGUCGAUUGAAUGCAACCGGAGAGUUUCUCCUUGUUGGAAGCGACGGUUGGUCUGAUCGUUAUGAUGUUGUUGAAGGGUAUGAGGUUGAAGCUUCUGGUGGAAUCUCUGUUCGAAUUCAUUCACCUUAUGUUAAUGAGUUUGACCCAUAUUACUUCAACCUUCAUCCUGAUAAUAAUACUCGAAAUCCUUGGUUCAAAGAAUUUUGGGAAUUCAAGUUCAACUGUUCUUUGACACCGAAAGUAGUAAAAGACCAAGCACAAGCCAAAACACCUUUACUACCGAAUCAGGCUCCUUUUCCAGGAACUCGAUUAUUUAAUAGAUCAUGUUCAG